AUACUUCAAGCAGGAUGUCCAUUGGUGACGAAGGACUUUCCCAACUUUGUGUAAACAUCACCGCAGGAUUUCGGAUUCACACAUCAUUAUAAGACCGACAGUUUGCCCAAUGUGACCAAGAAUCGCUCUAUUUAAUUAUUUGCAAUUAUGUGCACUUUAACAGUUCUUGUAUUUACAUUAAAAGAUGCUUGAUCGAUAGAGUUUUAGUGGUUUUUAGUGUAACCGUUUAACUUUGACUUAUAACACGUGCGUGCGCGAACUGUCAAUCUGGAUGAUUUUCAGAAGUUAAUUUAAUAAUUAAUUGCAAUAUAAGUGCGUUUGCGCUCGCGCGAAGGUCAUGGUAGUCAAGAAACUUGCUUAAUGGUGAAAAUUAUUGCUAUUACAAAAUGUUGGGCAGCGAAGAAGAACUUGACCCUCAAACACAUACCGGAAUGACGAAAGCGGAAUUAAGGAGGAACAACAAACCGAUUAUGGAAAAACGACGACGUGCUCGAAUUAAUCAAUAUCUCGAUGAGCUGAAGAAUUAUAUACUCGUUAGUGAAAAAGACCCAACCAGACAUUCGAAACUCGAGAAGGCCGAUAUUCUCGAAAUGACGGUGAAGCAUAUACAAACGAUGCAACGGCAACAAUUGAACACGGCCGUCGCCAACGAUCCGGUGGUGCUAACGAAAUUCCGUUCCGGAUUUUCCGAAUGUGCUACUGAAGUAGCGCGAUACAUCAAUCGCCUCGAGAACGUCGACCCUUCCGUCAAGCAACGAUUGCUAUCACACUUGAACAACUGCGUGAGCCAUCUCCAGCAAAUGGCGCCGUUCUACAGCCACUACGUGCCCUACAUGCCGGAACGUCUCUAUCCGGAGGUAAAGGUUGGCUUCCAGAGCGAUUUCCAGAAUGAGGAUGAGAAUAACAACGGUAGUGCGAGAAUACAAAUACCGAACGGAGUCCAAUUGAUUCCCAGUCGACUGCCAACAGGGGAAUUGGCACUCUUGGUACCGCAAUCCGCCGGUAUCUCCGCGAAUUUCCCUUUCUUUCCGCCAGCCACGGAUCCGUCCACAAGGGCCGGUCAAUCGUCAGCUUUUACCGCGGUUCACCGACCACACAGCCCGCUGCUAAGUCCUACGACUUCCACAUCGAGUUAUGGCGAUGAGAGUUAUCAUUCGGAACAUCCACAGGCGACGUCGCCUAACCAUCAUCAGCCGCAACGUCGAUUCAAAUUACCAGAACAAAGUCCUGCAUCCUCAAAGAGCUUCUCAUCUUCGCCAGAAACCCAGAAACCGCAAAUUAGCUCAACUAUCGAUCGAAAGUCACCCACAAUGGCAUUCUUGGAAUCUAAGACUGUAGACGAUAAUACCGCAACUAAAAAAGAUGUCGCGGAAGGCUUAGACAUUACCAACCAUACAAACGGCAUUGCGACACAUAGUAUGCGACAACCGCUUUCCGUGAUUACAGAUAAGACUUACAAUCGCGCCCCGAGUGGAUCGUUUCUCAAGAGAGACGGUCUCAAAAGACGUCAUACCGAUGGGCUUUUGGCGAUCUCAGAUAAGAGAACGAGAUAUCAAGAACCCACUAGUUCGACCUCCUCGAUGAAUAAUACCAACGUGCUUAAGAGCACAAAUGAGCAAUCUCUUGUAAUUCCGAUCGAAGAUUUGCCAGGAAGUCAGAAUUGCCAGACCCCGCGGAACUCCAAUCCAAAUUCCGAUAAAUGUUCGAUGAAUUCAGCAAGUCCUUUGGGAGUUAAUGGUGAUAUGUGGAGACCGUGGUGACCAUUAUCAUUAAAAAUAUCAAUAUGAAAUAAUUUUCGAAAUUAAAUAAUUUA